AUGUGCGACUUGUUAGUAGUGAAGUCCGCCCCCUUGUCUGCCAACUUCUCAACAGCCAAAGUCACAGCGGCGUUCUCGACCAUUGGUAGAGGUUUACUAGACACCUAUUCUCAUAAGGUCUACUUACGGCCGGCUCCGUUGAGGUGCGGACUACCGAGUUUUCCCAGCCUUCCCACCAAGACUACAAAAGAAAAGAAAUGUCACCACACGACAAAAGGUUUCAAUGCCCAGAGGCGGAUUCGAACCGCCGUCAACACGGAUCGCUGUAUAGAAGAACCACAACGUAUCAUCCUAACCAACUAG